UUUCAAGCGAGUUAUCAAUAGACGAAGUUCACCAAUGAAAAAAUCAUUCUCUUUUAACAUUUUUAGGCUUCCUAAAUUACAAUAGUUCGGCCGGUGUAGCUACAAUAGGUUCUAUUUUUGUACAUUGCUGUACAGAAAAUGACUGAUAAGCUAUCUUGGAGUGACAGCGCACCUGAGAAGCUGCACUGCAGUAUGAAUAGUGCAGUGACCGUUGACUGAGUCACUCUCCUUUUUUAUUAGUGUCUAGUUGCCGAUCUGCGUUUUUCUUCUUCUUGAAUAUAACGUGUAAAAAUCUCAUGCCAGCGAUAUCUACGAAAUCCGAAAGACUUAACAUAAAAUUUGAGCUAUACAUAAUGUUUAUGAACAUAGAAUAUUUCUCUUCCAUUGCUGUAACUCCCGAAAUUGUUGAUCAUUCAACAUGAAUUAGCAAAAGAUACAGAACAAUGUCUGCGAUGCAUAUUAGUUAUUAGUAGUAAAUCGUAUUGCAGCAGGCUUAGCAGAAAGUGCGAUUAAGUAGCAGAUUGAGCAGUGAAAACCAAGAUAACGUAAAUAUCGUACAAGUAACAAACUUUAUACAAAUGUGAAAAAAUCUUUACAAAAUAAUGUAUGGGGAUGUAAGAUUUUGGCGAUGCAAGGCAUUGUUUUCGCUCAAGAUCUUACUGAUUUUAAAUCUUUGUGCCCUUUUAUUAAUUUCAAUCAUAGGACGUGCUUUACCGUGGCAUCCACUCAAGAUCACUGUGGAGACGAAUAGAACUUGGCACCGACCACUAAUAAAACAUGAUUUUAUCGAUGAACACGUCAGACACCGAAUCCCUCUAAAUGUCAGUGAUGAGUGCCGGCUGCCGUGGUGGGAUGGUGGUCUGACGUGUCGCUCAGGAGACGAACACACGGUUUACUUUACCAAUGAAACUAGAAGUUACUGUAGCUUACGAGCGCACAGACUUGGAAGUGGACAAAAAGUCAUAUCGUAUUGUCUCUUCGGCGACUAUGAGGAGUAUGCCUCAGGUUUUGAUGAAAUACUAAGCACAAUUCGUUACUUGUACCCUGGUUGGGUUGUGAGACUAUACACAAAUCCUCGGGGAUACAAGCAAGCGUUACUUCCUCUACUGACCAAGUACUCGAACCUAUAUAUUUGUGACGCACGCAACUUGCCGGGUCGAACUCGGGAGCUGGUGGACGUCGACCCGAGACUGUGGAGGGUUGCAGUUCUUGGGGACGAGCUCGUUGAUGUUUUCCUAGUUCGGGACAUCGACUCGGUGUUGUUGGAGCGUGAGGUGCACGCGGUCAAGGAGUGGCUCGAGUCAGGCCAGUAUCUCCACGUCAUGAGGGACCAUCCAGAGCACGGGGUGCCCAUACUUGCGGGCACCUUCGGGGUCGCCCAGAAUUCUGCAGUCCUGCCGCUUCUCAACUCGAUCAGAGACCGAAUCUUCAACAGGAGGCUGCCCAUUCCGAACGACCAGGCCGUUCUCAAUAAUUUCUUGUUCCCACAAUUACGGCAGAAAUCUGUAGUCCACGACAGCUUCACAUGUGCCAAGUACCCAGGAUCCGUUCCCUUCCCAACCCAGAGGAAAGAUGGACAAUUCGUCGGGAACAGAAGGUACCGGGCAAAUUUCAGUAACGAAGCGUUGCGAAAGAAGUGCCCUCGCUUCUGCAGACCUCACGACCAUCCGGAUUGGGAAUACUGCUGACGCAGAAUAAUCAAACCUGCAUCGCUCUCAACCAUCGUAUCGAGGAAGAGUCUUCUUUUCGAGGUGUCCGCGUUGGGUGGACUGAAAGCCAUAGGACAACCACGAGGAUGACCGUUGGGCUCGAGGAAGAGUGAAUGUGACUGCGAUUCAAAUCGUUACUAUGUACAAGUUAAUGUACCUUGAAAAUGUAAAAUAUAUGUCAGUAAAAGAACGACGAUUCAAAUAAAGAUCAGAAAUGACAAUGAUAUAAAUACCUCCCGCUACUAUAACCGAACUAGACUGAGAUCUGUUCAAUAAUCGUUAGAAUCACGUACGCGCAAUUGCUUAUUUUGGUUAGAUUUUAUCGGUUGUGUUGGUGGCAGCCGGAAAUACUCCUUCAUUGAUUUUAGUCUUCGUAUGACAGCCGUUACCAUCGAACAAAGGGCUCUU